AUGUCCUCAAACGACGAACCGGUCGUUGCCCCUGCUCCUGUUGAGGUUGAUGAAAAUGAGCCUCCAGCUACCCCGAUAGAGUCGAGCGUUGUCUCCGGAGGCGAAGAGUUGGUUAUGGCUAGCCCCGAGGUAUCCAAGGAAAGCCCCGCGGUCUCUCCGUCCAAGGUCAGCCCUGGUGCACCUGGCACCGUGAAGCGUCCUCUAUCGGGAACAACUACCACCAAACGACCCGACUCGUCUUCUGCAUCUCAUUCCAUGACCGGUACCACCCGGACGACCACCAGCACGCUGAACAAACCUCCUACUCGUCCCUCGACUACGACAGGCACUCGGAAGCCGUUGAGUACCUCGACUGUCUCGUCCCACCGGUCUCACAUGUCCGUCAGCAGCUCAGCAGAUGAGAAGCCUCGGUCUGUGGCGAGCUCGGGAGAUGAAAGGCGGGGAAUUUCUAGUACUGCAAAGCGCAUGUCCAUGGCCGGCACCACCUCCACCCGCGCUCCUCUCAAAUCUACCUCAUCUUCCAGCGAUCGUAGAUCAAGUGUUGCUGGUAUCACUGCCGAGAGGAAGCCUGCGACCACAACGGCGCGCACGGCGACCACGACGAGCAAGCCUGUGAGCCGGUUGACUUCAUCGACGACAUCUGCAAGCCGAACUGCCACUACUCGGCCAACUUCAACUACAGGCACCGUCAGAUCUGCUACUACAACUGAGGCUAAGAAGCGAUUGAGUACAACUUCUGGCUCAAUUUCCCGAGUUGGUGAAUCCGAGAAGCUGCAGGCUCUUCAGGCCAAGCUCACAGAGAGCGAGGAGACCGUCGCUAGUCUGAAGACUGAACUGGAGACCGUCAAUGAGAAACUCGGCCAGCUUUCGGUCUCGGUCGAAGGGCCUUUGGGGGAUGCUGGUGACACCGAGGCUAUUCGCGCGGAUCACACAGCAGAGAUUGAGAAGUUGGCAUCAGCUCAUGCCGAGGAGCUCCAGGCCCUGCAAGCACGACUAGACGAGGCUGAGUCCCAACGGAAAGAGCUGGAGGAGAGCUCGCAAAAGCAGCUGGAGGAAGCUCGACAAUCCGCUGCUGCGCAAGGGGAUGACACGACAGUUUCCCUUCUUGACGAGCUCAAGUCGGCACAUCGGACUCAGCUUGAGGCCCUUGAAAAAGAGCUGGCAGAGUACAAGUCUGCAGCUACACACUUUGAGGAGCAGAUCAGUGUUCUGAAGAAGGAACUCGAGUUCCAGAAGCUUGCCCUGGAGGAAGAGAAAGCUCUGGAGCUCGAAAACUUUAAGCGAGAACUCCAGGGCCGGGAGCAGGUCAUGGACAACCUUAACACGGAGAUUGUUAAACUGAAUGCGCUCAAGGAGCAGGAGGUCCGUGCUGCGGAAGAGUCAGCUCAGGAGAGUGUCUCUGGUCUUCAAGAACAAGUAGCCUCCCUCGAGGCGAAGCUUGCUGCGGCCGAGUCGGCUAGCCAGGGACCCGAGCAGAACACCUUGAUUGCCGAGAAGGAUCAAGAAAUCACCGAUCUUAAGCGGGCCCUUGAGAAGAUUCAAGCUGAACUACAGGAGGCACGUGAAACCGCGGCCACUGAAUUGUCCUCUAAAGUCGAAGAGUUGGAGACUGCCCAUAAGAUUGCUAUCGCAAGUCUCAAGGCCGAGCAUGAAACUGCUAUCACUGAUAUUUCGGCUUCCCACGCGGAGAAGCUCACUGCAGCUAUGGCAGAAUCGGAAUCGAGUGGAGCAGAACACACCGCGCAACUCCAGGAACUCCGUAAUGCCCUCGAGGCGUCUGAGGCCACUGCCCAGAAGGGACAAGAAGAUGCCGUCGCCGAGCUUAAGAUCACGCAUGAAGCAGAGCUCAAACUGCUGCAAGAAAAGCUGGAGGCUUCCGAGAAUGCUCUCAGCGAGUCCCGUCGUGCACUGGAUGAGGGUAACGCCUCUGCACAAGACCUUGCCAUCCAGGAGAUUGACGCUCUGCGACAAAAGUGCGAGUCGUUAGAAUCACAGCUGACCACUGGCACUGGGAAAAUCAAUGCGCUGCUCGAAGAGAUGCAGAGCAAGCAAGCUGAAGCCGAUGCUAUCCACCGCACUCUACGUGAUGUCGAAGAUCACUCCAGGCAAGAGGGCGCACAGAAGGAUAAAAAGAUGAAGGCUCUGGAGGAGAAGGCAGCGGAGGCUGUAUUCCUUCUCGAGCAACAUACCUUGCAGGCUGCUGGUGUGUCUGAAAAGCACGCACAAGCUCUGGAAGAGUUGAAGGCUGAGUAUGCUGCCCGGCUUGCAUCCGAAUUGGAGCGGACCAAGGAAGCAUCGAGCUCUCAUGACAGCGCCCUAAGUGAUCUGCGGACGAAGCACGAGGAGUUGCUUGCCGCAAACAAGGAAUUGGAGUCUACUCACGCCACGCAUGUUCAGUCACUUGAGGCUGAGUUGAAGGCGGUGCUCGAAAGCCAUGCUCGUGAGAUUGCUACCCAUAACGAGGGUCGCGAAAAGGAGAGCACCGAACUCCAGAAUCAAUUCCAAGAGACUCAGGCGAAGUUGCAAGCCGAGCUUUCUGCUUUGCAGAGUUCUAGCAAAGUUGAAGCUGAACUUCACGAGCAGCAAAUUGCCGAACUGCAAAAGGCCUUUGAAGAGACCAAAGCGAAGUUGCAGGCUGAGAUUGAGGCCGUUCAAACCUCCAAAGCUGCUGACGUCGAUGCCAAGCACAGCAAGGCAAUCGCUGACCUGCAGCAAGGAUUUGAAGAGACUAAAACUAAGCUGCAGGCCGAGAUUGAGGCUGUUCAAGCCUCCAAGGCUGCUGAGAUCGAUGCCGAGCAUGGAAAGGCAAUUGAGCAGCUUCUUACUAUGCACGAGGCUAAACUGUCUGGCCUCAAGGAGGAGCUCGAAGCUUCCAACAAGAAGAAGAUUCACGAUCUCCAGAAGGCCCACGAUACAGCUCUAGCCAAUGUCAACGAGCAGUUGUCUCAGGCCAAGGCUGCCGCCCAAGACACCUCCGCUCUGGAUGACUUGAAGGCCACAAUCGCUGAUUUACAAGCCGAGCUUGCUGACUCUGAGAAGGCCCACCUUGCGGUCCAGGAAACUUCUAGGGAAAUCGAGCGUCAUUUCUCAGCUGAGCUCACCAAGAUCCAGGCUGAUCAUGCUGCGCUUGGAGAGAAGUACCAAGCCGCCGUUGCCCAGGUGGGUGAACUCGAGAAACUUGUCAAGGACUCGGAUAGCCAGAAGUCGCACCUCGAGUCGAUUAUGAAGCAGCUCUCUGAAUCCCGCGACCAACUUCUUAAGGUCAAGGCUGACAACGCCGCCAUCUUCGACUCGCUUGUUGAUUGCAAGAACCAAAACAAGACCUUGUCCGAGAUGCUUGAAGCUGGCGAACGUGACCUGAAUGAUCAAAUCGACAAGAACAUGGGUCUACUCAACCAGCUUGGCGAUCUUGAUUCCAACAUCUCCACCAGCCGGCGACGGGUUCGCGAACUCGAAGCCGAGCUCGCGGUUCUCAGGGCCGACAGUGGUGAAAAGAGUAGCUCUUCAGGGUUGAAUGGUAGCCGGUGGGCGACAGCUGAUGAGGGUAGUGAGAAUGCUGAAGAUGGGGGUCCAGCCAAAACGGAAGAUGGCAAGCAUCCAAGGACAGCUUAA